GCGGGCCGGAUUCUAAAAACAACUCGUACCGUAAAGCAGGUUGCUGAGUGUUGUAACUUGCCUAGCUGCAUCCCGGACUGUCACACGGUAGCUACAUUGAAAUUAAAUUUAAAAAACGCAGCUGCAGGAAAAUAAAUAAAUAAAUAAUGGCAGACGAGGAGAAGCUACCAUCUGGAUGGGAGAAAAGAAUGAGCCGCAGUUCAGGCAAAGUGUACUACUUCAACCACAUCACCAAUGCUAGUCAGUGGGAACGUCCAGUGGGAGAUGGCCGUGGAGAACCAGAUAAGGUACGGUGCUCUCACCUACUGGUGAAGCAUAAUCAGUCACGUCGUCCAUCUUCCUGGCGGGAACAAAAUAUCACACGAACUAAAGACGAGGCCCUGGAACUUAUUCAGAAGUACAUAGAACAGAUCAAGUCUGGAGAGGAAAAGUUUGAGUAUCUGGCUUCUCAGUUCAGCGACUGCAGCUCAGCUAAGAACGGUGGAGAUCUGGGGCAGUUUGGCAGAGGUCAAAUGCAGAAGCCUUUUGAAGAUGCCUCCUUUGCUCUUAAAGUGGGAGACAUGAGCGGUCCUGUUUUUACUGACUCUGGGGUCCACAUCAUCCUACGUACUGGCUGAAAGGAGGAAGUCACGUACUGCACUAUCCUCUUCACACACACACACACACACACACAUACAUACAUACAUAUAGACAUAGUCCAACCCAGCCAGUCCAUUGAUUUAUUUUAAUGACGCACAGCACCCAAUAAACAAAGCUUACGGGCUGAAUCGCAUUGUUUUAUGUGGGAACAUUUGGUUCCUAGCACUAUGAAACAUCUAUGAAUACUCUCAUUACAGUUAACAUCGAGGCGUAUUGCAGAUUAUUCCUGUAAGACCUCAAGCUUUUAUUAACCAUGGCAAUGCCAUUAUAUAAAAAUGUGAGUGCCUGUGACUCUGCUGAAGUGACCGACCCAUGGAGACAGUUUCACAUGAUGAGCGCAGUUUGAGAAAGCGUCCAUAAAAGCUUGUGUUUUUGUAUGUGCAUGUCUUCAAAAGGACCAUUUACUGUACGUUUCCCUGUUCUGUUUUUCCAUUUCUGCAGUAUGUGUGCCAAAGCAGUUACUCUAUCUGUAUUAUUGUUUUGCGAAAUAGAUUCUUAAGAUGUUUAAGACACUUUCUGGCCAUUGCAGACCCCUGCUGGUGAAGAAAGAGCAGUUAUUCUGAGUUCCCUACAUUUAGCAUUGAUUUAAUUUUUUUUUGUCCCUUGCAGAUAUUCACAAACACAGAAUCAUUUGUUUUCAUUACCCACCAUAUGCAAAGAUGGCACCACCGAAAACUUCCAGGUUUUAAUAAUCGGCUCCGCAGCUUUUAAAAGCAUCACGGUUCAAAUGAACUGUUACACUGUUGUGUCAUUGGGGCUUUUCUUCCAUCAAUAAAGAAAAUUCCUUUUUUGUAA